GUGCAAGAGACGAGGAGGCGGCCGCGCUCGGCAAUCCGUGCCGGCUGCGCGAAGCUUGGCGUCGGGACGGAGGAGGGAGGGAGGGCCGUUUCCCCUCCUUUCUCUCUCUCUCUCUCUCUCUCUCUCUCGUUCCCCCCGCCCCGCGCUCCUCAACUCCACCCAGCCCGCCUUUUCCUUUGCGGGUCGUUGGACUCUCUGAGCGAGGGAGGGACGCGGGCAGGCAGGCGGGGAAGAGGAGGGAGGCUCAGCCACCCUCUGCAGUGCCAUUGCACCAACAAGGAGCAGCAAAACUUCUGAAGGUUUGGAGAAGAGAGUAAGAAAACUACCAAGGAGGGCUACAGCAGCAUUGUAAUUAUUAUACUUACUGCAAGUGCCAAGUGUCAGAAUGUAUCAUUCCUUUUCUGGAACUACGCAUCCUUUACAAACUGAAGAGCAAGAAAUAGGCAUUGAUCCCUUGCAGAGUUAUGUGAACAAGACUGAUGAAGAUUUGUCAAAUGAGAAUGGAAGAACACAACAUACCUCAGAUUCCGAUGGAACAUUUCUUUCAUAUAGUAAAGAAUGGGAAGAAUUAUUUGUAAACAACAAUUACUUGGCAACAAUACGGCUGAAGGGGAUUAAUGGGCAGCUGAGAAGCAGCAGGUUUCGUAGUGUUUGCUGGAAGCUCUUUCUGAAUGUUCUACCAUCUGACAGAAGUCAGUGGAUCAACAAAACAACCAAAUUAAGGACUUUAUAUAACAAGAUUAAAGAAGUUCAUAUUACAAAUCCUCGAAAAGCUGGACAGCAAGACGUGAUGAUCAACAAUCCGCUUUCACAAGAUGAAGGGAGUCUUUGGAACAAAUUUUUUCAAGACAAAGAACUUCGAGGAAUGAUUGAACAAGAUGUGACAAGAACAUUUCCUGAAAUGCAGUAUUUCCAAGAAGAAAAUGUAAGGAAGAUUCUUACAGAUGUUCUGUUCUGUUAUGCUCGGGAGAAUGAACAGUUGCUUUAUAAACAGGGCAUGCAUGAACUCUUAGCACCUAUUGUCUUUAUUCUGCAUUGUGAUCAUCAAGCUUUUCUACAUGCAAGUGAAGCUGCCCAACCAAGUGAAGAAAUGAGAGUUCUUCUAAAUCCUGAAUACCUUGAACACGAUGCAUAUGCAAUGUUUACUCAUCUUAUGAAAACAGCAGAAAACUGGUUUUCAACCAGCGAGCAUGAUGGUCAAAAGGAAAAAGAUGCAAUGAUGACCCCUAUGCCAUUUGCAAGACCGCAAGAUCUAGGCCCAUCAAUUGCUAUUGUAGCCAAAGUUAACCAGAUUCAAGAUCAGUUGCUAAAGAAACAUGAUAUUGAACUCUACAUGCAUCUGAAUAGACUAGAGAUUGCACCACAGAUUUAUGGACUGCGAUGGGUAAGGCUUCUAUUUGGAAGAGAGUUUCCUCUCCAGGACCUUCUAGUUGUCUGGGAUGCUUUAUUUGCUGACAGCAUCAUGCUUGAUUUGGUUGACUACAUUUUCCUAGCCAUGUUGCUGUAUAUUAGAGAUGCCCUGAUAUCAAGCAAUUAUCAGACCUGUUUGGGACUACUCAUGCAUUAUCCCCCUAUUGGAGAUGUCCAUUCAUUGAUCAUGAGAGCUCUUUUUCUCAGAGAUCCAAAGAGAAAUCCAAGACCUGUGACGUACCAGUUCCAACAAAAUCUAGAUUACUACAAAGCACGUGGAGCAGAUUUGAUGAAUAAAACUCGAGUCAGUGCCAAAGUAGCUCCACUGAACAUAAAUAAAGUUUCCAGCAGCUUGUUGAAUUUUGGGCGAAAGCUCAUUUCCCCAGCUAUCACUUCAAGUGGUGCUCCUGGACCAGUUUUAGGUAGCAGUGGUAACUUCUCCUCUGUUCCAGUGCCAGUUAGGAGCAUUGUAGAGCUCCCACAGCAGCAGCAGCAGCAGCAGCAACAGCGAAUGAUGAAGUCAGAAAGUGUGCCAGUUCAACUAAGCAAAGGAGAUGUAGUUACAGGCAAUGAGGCUCAAGUAUCGGUUCCUGUCCAGAAUCUAAGUGCCCUCCAAGGGACAGUUGCUACAGCAACUCAUGGGCAGAGUUCAAAAAAUGUCAGCGCUUCUCCAAGCACUGAAAGUUUGUCUGGAGGACGUGAAUACACAGGGUCUCCACCUUUGUCUGCAACCAAAAAAGAAUCAUUUUUCAGUACUAUUUCCCAUUCUCGUUCUCACAGCAGAAGUAUGAGCAAAAAAGAGUCUGAAGAAGAAUUGGAAGCUCAGAUUUCAUUUCUCCAGGGACAACUGAAUGAAUUGGAGGCCAUGUGCAAAUACUGUGCAAAGAUGAUGAAUACACAUCUGGGAAAUAUUCAGGAAGUGAUCCUGCAGGAGCACUUGGAGAAAGAAGAUGAAAUUCUGGUUUCCUUAGCUGGAUUGAAGCAGAUCAAGGAUAUUCUGAAAGGUUCCCUACGUUUUAAUCAGAGUCAGUUGGAGGCAGAGGAAAAUGAACAAAUCACAAUCGAAGAUGAUCACUACUGUUCCUACAAUCAGAACAAGGAGCCAAGUGAAACCCUGAAAGAUCCUUCAGUCGCAAAACAAUGCAUCCCUCCAAGGAAACAGGUUCCUGGUGAUCCAAACUCAGACAACAGGCGCACAGAUGACUAUAUUCUAGUUUCCAAAGAAGAUGAGGGAAACAUUAAUGUUGUUCCUGAACAUGUGCAAACUGUGCCAACCUGCAAGGAUGUGAGCACUGAGAGAGAGGCUUCAUGCCAUUCUUCUUUAGUCUUUUCUGAUCCCCUGAUGGGCUCCAUAUCCGCUUCUUCCAGUAACCUCAGUUCCAGCCCUGACGAUGACAGCAGCAACAACAGCAAGGAUUCUGAAUUUACCAUUGUUAGCCCCUUGGAAAUUUAAGUAAGCCAUUCAGAACAUCUGUGGGGGCAGUUACAGAAUGUCAGCAUGUGCCUCUGAUGCUCUACAGAUCUGGAGAACUGAUUCUGAAAGGGACUCAAGAGUCAUACCUAAUAAAUAUUCAAGUCAGAGCACAGACAUGGAAAAGGUAAUCCAUGUCAGCCAGAAAAUAAAGAGAGCACACAUGCAAGGAUUGCCUUUAAAAUAUCCUCGUGAUAAUAUUGAGCUGUAAUCUAUGACAAAAGGUACAGUACUCAUAUUUUACUCUAUAGACAGCUUCUUGGAAUAUUGAGGUAAUAGUUUAUAGCCUCUUCAUCCUUGUAGAAUAACAUGUUAGCCUAUAAUCUCAUGGAUUAACAAGUGAUGUCCUCACUUGUGAAGGAAACAAAGGAAAAAUCAUAAUCAUUUCAAAUUCUGGCAAGAAAAAGUAAAUACUCCUCAUAAAAUGCAAUUUAAGGCAAAAUGAGAGUUCCCAAGUAAGGGAGUAGAAAUUAAAUGUGUAUUAAAUUAUCUGAAACACAAACUGAAGUCCUCUUUAGAUAUAAACCCAUUUGUAUCAUAUCUGCUUGAAGUUUUCUUUUAUAGCAUUGUCUGGAAUAUAUUUUUGUAGCUAUUUCAGGACCUUCACUGUAUUCCUCAGGCCCAAGAACAAAGUUCAUUGUGGGUCGUCAUGCUCCAGUAUUCUUCAACCAUGUAAAAAUAGUUGGCUGAAAUUAAUUUGUUAAUUUAAGUUUACUCCCUUUAAAUACACACGGUCUGCUUCACUACAUUAUUACCACCAGAGGCAGUAAGAUUUUGAGUGCUUUUAGUCUCUACAAUGACCCUGAAGAGCAAAUUUAUCUGACAGUUUUGGAGUAGGCUAAAAUAUUUUUGGAACCAGCUUGUUCUGUGACUGCGAUAAGAGGAGAAACCAAGGAGAAUUUAUUGGUCAGUGUCCAGAACUAACACACAGUAAAUCAUGCUAAUGGAGUAGUGCUUAUAUUCCUUUAUAGCUUUUAGAGUCUAAAAAUUUGAGGUGGUUUUUGCCCUGAAUCUCCAUCCAGCAUCUUCAAUUUAAGAAUAACUAAGUGAUACCUCUAUGGAAAAGCUGCAGUUGUGGGCUUUACUCCCUUCUAACUCUCUCUGUAUAGCAUUGCCCGAGUUUUCACUGACUAAUUUCCCACAUCCCAGAGAUGAAUUUGGCUUAGUGAAACUAAGUCACUGGUCAAGGUGGGAUCUUUCAUUUCAUCGUGGCCUAUUUAGCAGUUUAUCUUUCAGAUAGCUAGCUAUAAUAGUUUGAAUGGAAUUGUUCAUUUGUUCAUUUUUGUUUUGUUUUACAAAGGUUGUUUAACUUCUUUAUCUUUAGAACCAUUGGUUAUGAUGACAAGAAAGUCACUAGAAUUAACAACACAAACUAUACCCCCUCCCCCAGUUCUGCAGAAAGAUACUGGUGAAAUAUGUUUUCAGUGCUUUAUUUAUGAGUAAUAGACUCUAUUUGUCUAUUGUACAUUCAUUUUAUUCAAUCAGCGCAGUGUAGUCAGAACCAGAUAAUGCAGUGGCACAAUAAAUGCUAGGGCAGGAAAAUAUGGACAAUAAUGAAUAGCAAUUGUAGCUCACAUUAAGAAUUCUAGCCAUCCAUCUGCUGCCUGAGUCAUGCUAAAUCAAACUGCAACCUAACCCCAAAGCAUCAGUGCAUCUGUUGAGGGCAUUAUUCCAGCAACUUUGUGGGCAACAGAGGUGGUGAUUUUGGAGGAAGUGGGGAAUAGCAAAUUAGCAGCUAUAUUUUAAAUCAAAACAAAUAAGUCUGUGGAGUGAUUUGACUACCCAAGAAUUUCAGUUGAUGUUUUAGUAUAAUAUAUAUUUUUGUUAGGUCUCUAUCCAUACAUGUCCUGGGCAGAAAGCCAAAAAUAUGGUGGCUGGUUCACAGCUAUGUGUCCAGAGACUCUUGAUUAAUUCUUCACAAGAAUAUGUUCUUCUGUCUUGUGGAAGUGUUGGGUAAUACUAAGAGUUUACGUAAAGAGCUUAACAGCAUAUAAAGCUGGGGGAGGUGGCAGAGAAGAGCCACAUGACUAUUGAUCUGGAUGAAAUACAUAAAAUGUAUUGUAGCUAUGCAAGGCAUCUGUGCCAGCUUAAACCUAGCAUUCCUUCUCAUUUAAACUCCCUCUGUAAAGCACCUCAGAAUUCAGCCUUAUGUUCAGCAUGCAGGUUUAUUUAAUUUCCUUGAAUUUGCAAGGACAAUAAGAGAGGAUUAAACAGAUGGUGAUUCAUUUUUUGAUCCUUUAAACAUGGCUAACCUUACUUCUCUCUGCUUAGAUUUGUUGCUGUUUUGACACAGAGAAAAGUGUCCAUUGGAACAAACUGUCAUUUAAAACCAAAUAAGAGUGGAAUUGGAGAGUGACAGAUCAAUUUUCACUUUAUAGGGAGAAGAUUGCUGUUUUGUAAUUUUUUAUUUUUUUACUUUUAUGAUUGGUUGUUGCUGUCUUCCUGAUUCAGGGAUCAUCUUUUUUUUCUUGUCAUAAUUGUUUUAGUGCCAUAAAGCACUGCAAUUCUGAAAUGCAUUUUUGUUGUUGUUGAAACCAUGCUUUUUUUCCCAACGUUUUGCUAUAAUUUUAGUAUAUGUCUACUAUUUCCUUGAUGGAAAGAAGAAAUCUGAAUUAUAUGAGUCACAUUUGGUGAUACUGUGUCUUAGCGUAUCCCAGCUAGAUACUGGAGUCUACUUCUUUGGUAAUGCUGGAAGUAUAUGGGAUUGAAUAAACAUAAAACUAAACACACUAAAUCAUAACCCCAUAUUGCCUUAUAUUACGAUUACUGGAAGGGACCUCCCACUUUAUCAGUUCAUUCUGUCUUCUAAAGACAACCUUGUAAUAUAGUCCAUGGAUAAUAAUAAUCUGAUCAAAUUAAUAUGCAGUAUAAAAGGCUGAUGAUUACUAUUAAUAAGUGGGACUCCAAAUCUCAAGCAACUGCAGACUCAUUUGUUGUUCUUGCAUCUGUACCAUAUGACUAAUUCAGGUCUAUUGCAUGCAAUGUCCAUCAUGUUACUGCAGAAUGGUGACUGAUAACCAUAUAGAUGACUGGAUGUUCAUUUUUAGUUGUGAAAAUUUGUAUCUUUCCUCUAUACGAAUGUCUGGCAUACUUUAUUAAAGAAAGAACUAACAUGCAAUCUCUUUAAGUCUUCUGGGUUUUUAUUGCAAAGCAGAGGAUUACCCUAUCUCCUCUCUGUGUUAUAAAAACUGCCCCCUUUCUCUGAUUAAGAAUUUAGUUUGUUAAAAGAUUAUGAAAAUUAAAUGUGAUCUAGUACAACCAAGAUAUUAAACUUCAUGAAAGCAAUACCCCCAGGUGUACCUGUGAGCCAAUAAUUACAUAGAUAAAAAAAGAGAGAAAGAUGCAUGAAAAAUUAGGAAGGCAGAACAGACAAUCCCCAAUUGAUAACAAGUUACACAAAUGGAGAUUCCCUCCUUCUCAUUGCAAAGCCAAUGUGUAGAAUAGCAAAAAUACUAAUAAUGUUAACACCCUUUUGUAAGGGUGCCAAAGAAGACAAAUGGCUAUAUCUCAACUAACGCUUGAACCAAAGCUGCACAUUGUGUUGUAAGUGCCAGUAAAUUGAAUAAAUAAAACC